GGUGGAGAGCGGAAAGUGUAGAGAGAUUCUGACAUGUUAGAAAACUGUGACAGGAAUUUAUCGCUACAGACAUAACGGACAUACAUGCCACACACUGAUUAAGGCGGGCACACUCCUCACGCGGAUCAUUUGUGUAGCUCUCCUCGCACACCGAUGUCUGGAUUCUUCUAACGUCCAGAAAAAAAGGAAUUUUGUUCAAGUGGCCCAAGGGAACCAACUUUGAUUUUCUCAAAUUUUACUAAAUAAGAGCUAGGCAACUCAAAACUUUCCUUUUGUUUUCCUUCUACCAUUCCAUUGCGGAUUCCGGAGAACUGUCGAGCACUGUUUUGUUUUGAGCCUACUUGACCGCCAGCUGGUACUUGGAGCAAAGUUUUUUUUUCUUUUGUUGGUUGUUCUUACACAGGUUAUGCAGUGACCUAUUCUGCAAGACUCAAGAACAGCCGCGAGCCUCCCUGCGUCGGCGCGGACAGUUACAUGCGCUAUGUAGUUUUAUAAUUAUGAAUGGAGGCGAAGAAGGAUAAAGGGGAAAUACGGCAGCGAACAACAAAAUAAGAGGCGGAAAAAAAUCACCGAUGCACACAAAAAACAAGGACGGUAAACCACAGAGCACGAGCCGGUACUGAGGUGAAGCCAGGACAAGACAGGUUGGUCUCUCUGAAUUCACCAGUCUCGAGUUUCAGCUGCUGUGCCCGUGGUAUUAAAGCGUGCAUUUGACCCGGGAUAAGUUGUCAACAAGAGAAGUGGAGGCGAGCUGGCAGGUGUGCAAGUUCAUUUGCAUGCAUACGUAUAUUGCGCCCCUAUAAAUAGAAGUUGUUUUAAGGACUAACAGCUUAUAUACACACGUUCCCCUGCGUGUGCUCGUGCAUAUAUUUCUUCUCCGUAUUCGAUCCGUUGGGGCUGCCAGUUCGCAGUCCGUUCCCCACGUUUCGCUUUGGCUGUGCGGGCAGGAGUUGUCGCAUGGACUGACAUGGCCACUGACCUCGCCAUGAGCGCAGAGUUGCCGAACAGCCCCCUGGCCAUCGAGUACGUCAACGACUUCGACCUCAUGAAGUUCGAGGUGAAGAAGGAGCCCCCGGAGGCGGAGCGGUAUUGCCACCGCCUGCCCCCGGGCUCCUUGUCUUCCACGCCGAUCAGCACCCCGUGUUCCUCCGUGCCUUCUUCCCCCAGCUUCUGCGCUCCAAGCCCCGGGGCACAAUCGGGCCAGAACCCUGGCAAUGGAGUCAACAAUAACAACGGCAACAACAACCAAAACUCCGCCGGCAAGCCGCAGUUAGAGGACCUUUACUGGAUUCCCAACUACCAGCACCACCUCAACCCCGAGGCGCUCAAUCUGACCCCCGAGGACGCCGUCGAAGCCCUCAUCGGCAACGCGCACCAUCACCACCACCAUCACCAAGCUUACGAGAGCUUCCGCGGGCAGCAGUACGCGGGCGAAGACCUGUCAGCGGCCGCCAACGGCCAUCACCACCAGGUCCACCAUCACCACCACCACCACCACGGCCACCACGCCCGGCUGGAGGACCGCUUCUCGGACGAGCAGCUCGUCAGCAUGACUGUCAGGGAGCUGAACCGCCAGCUGCGCGGCUUCAGCAAGGAAGAGGUCAUCCGCCUCAAACAGAAGCGCAGGACCCUCAAGAACCGGGGCUACGCGCAGUCGUGCAGAUACAAGCGGGUGCAGCAACGGCACAUGCUGGAGAGCGAGAAGUGCACGCUGCAGAGCCAGGUGGAGCAGCUGAAGCAGGACAUCGCGCGUCUGGCCAAGGAGAGGGAUCUGUACAAGGAGAAGUACGAGAAGCUGGCGAGCCGGACCUACAGCGCAAACAGCAACAGGGACCCCCCCACCGGGAACCACGGAAAAGCCACCUCCACGGAGUUCUUUAUGUGAGAGAAAUACGUUUCUUAGACUUUCUUCGUCGGGUCAAACAACUUUAUUACAAGUCUUAUUUUAUAACUUUUCAUUUGUAUGAUUUGUUUUCGUUGUUUUUUUUUUUUUGGAUUUUCGUUUACAUUAACAUUAAGAAGAGACUAUCAAUGUACACUUUAAAUAUUGUAACUAUAUACGUAAUAUAUACAUAUUUAAAAAACCAUACAUGCACACACCACUUAUUUGCGUGGUGUAUGUCUUAUUUCGGUAAGUCUUAAGAGGAUACUGGCGACCAUCUCGAAGAGACCUCUGAUCUGAGAUAUUCUGCUACUUCUAAUCAAAUUACUAAUUACUGUUGAAAACUUCAGGCAGUUGACAAGCGAGGGUUUUUUUCUAAAACAUAUAAAGUCUUACAGAAAAGAUGAAUCAGCUGGAUGAACUUGUGUAAUGAUAACGAGACAAAAACUGCAUACAUUUCUCAAACCUUACUUUCGUUAUUGCCAUGAUAUUUUAAGUGUCUUAAUCAAACGUCUGCGAGAGUCUUAAAAAUGGUGUUCAUGAAAAAAACGAACAGGGGAGAAAUCUUUGACUGGACUUUUCCAUGGUGAACAAAAAGAACAAAAAGCAAUACAUUUUUCAUACCCUCGGAGGUAAUCCGAAGGACUGUCACACGGAGAUCUCGAAAUGAUACGUGCCGUGGAAAGGACAUAACUGAGCAUUGCAAGUCUGCAUACUUUUAAGCAACCCUGCAUGCGGGACAUGUACGGUAUUACGAUAUGUCAAAGUCCUUUACCUUUUCCUGUUACACCUGGAUGGGACGCAUGGCCCGUGUUUUCUUUUCUCUCUUCUCUUCUACAUCUCUGUCCUCCUUUGCUUUCUCACAACGGUUUAGGAGAUGCGAAAUUGCAGCUUGUACCCAUACGCAGAACGACGUAACGUCUGGGGAAUGACUCGCGAAACAACGACUAACCUGCAGUUAUAAAGGGAUUAGUGUUACCGCAAUUUCAUUCUAUUUUCUAUUGUUUAAAAGAAAAAAAAAACGACGUAAACUGAGCCAGAUUUUAGAAUUAUUUAUUCCCACGUGUAAAUAUAUGUAGAUUACAGUUAGGGUCUUAUUUUACCUUACUUUUUAAAGCCUUUUUGCUUGACUAUUCAAAACGUCUUAAAACAAUGUUUGUAUGUAACAGCAUGCAAAUAAUCUGCGAUAUUCUCAUUCUAAUGAAAAUGUACAAUUUAAAAAAGAAAAGCCUACUGCACUAUGUGGAAAACUAAGGGGAAAACAUGUUUUAUACUGAACUAAUCUGUUCCAUUGCUGUCAUAUAGAAAAAGACGGAUCUAGCAACAUAAUCGGAAAUGACAUGGAAAAUGUAAAUUAAUUAUUAAUUAAUGUAAUUUAAGGACUGCAAUUGCUGCUAAUUCUCUAUGCAUCGACGUUAUUUAAAACUUUUGAAUCAAUGGGGUUUUACACUUUUAAAAAGUGUACAAUGUGACCGAUUAGAUCGAAGACCUAGUGAAAACAGUUGCGCAGGGGGAAAUCCAUAAUCAUUUGUUUUCUUGAGAAGAUCUUCCAUCAUUUAAAAACGUGGUAAACAUUAGAAGGCUGAGUCUUAACGUGGUACUCAAAGUGCUUGUUUAAAAUAAGUCUGUCUAAAAGAACAAGAUCUGCAAUGGUGGAAAAAUGAUGGUGUGAAUACAACUACGAUGCUGUCAAUAAAAUAUGUGAGGACAAAAAGAAUCCGCUUUUCCCUGAUAUCUGUUUUAACGAUCUACCGCCUCCAUAAGUGCAAUACUGUGCAGAAGUAUUGACCCACCGUGCGUGUGUCACUUGUGUAGGUGCCGAUUAAUGAUAGAACGAGCAAACGUGUCAGUGGAAUGUUACGUAACCAAAUUCCUUCACUGACAAAUUACACAGGAAAAAAAGCACGCAUCUGAGAUUUUCAAAUCAUGGUUAGAUAUCCACAUACCCGUCGAACGCCACAUUGUCAAUUUCUGCGAUUAAAUAGUUUUUUGGACGAAUAAACGGAGGAAAUGGGGCAUAUUCAAAAGAAAGGGGGUUGCACGCGACAACCACUUGUGUGAACAAGAAAGUCACACGAGGAAGACGCGCGUUGUGCAUCUGGCAGAAGAUCCCGCAUCACGUUUCUUCAUCCGUAGGUUCUGGAAUUUCAGGGCGCAUCAAAAGAUCCAUCACAAACCACUCAAUAACUUCUUACCUCAACGCUGAGGAAAUGGCCACUCAGUUAGCGUGCCAUUUUUCCUUGUCCCACGAUUUCUCUUCACAUUGAUUAUCAUGCUUUUGCCUCUCUAGAGAAUAAGCGUCACUUUAUAUAUAUUUUUGAAGAAUUCGAGGAAGUCAUGUCUGGAAAAUGCAGUUGCCUCCUAAGCCUUCCCGUGAGUAUUUAUCCAGAACGGGCCAAAUUGAGAGUAUUUCCUCGCGGCCCGUUAGUCUGCUUAACCCCACGGUAUGUAAGAUGGCAUAAACACAUUCGCAUCUCCGGAAG